GACCCCCCGGCGACUUUCCUGUUCAACUUCAAGGAUACAGAUCAACCUCCACUGCUGUGGUCGCAAGCCAUUGCAUACCUCUCCCACGCACCGGACCUGACGAGCUGCCUGGAUCAAACAACAAACACCAGCGUACCUACCCCAACCUAGUCCAAGACCAUCCCGAUGAGAGCUUGGUGAGCACGGUGUUACAGAUAUCUCGGUGUUCUGGCUCUUCACCUCUCGAUCUUCUUCUUCGCAAGUGUUAAUUGAACCUCGGACGUCCUGCCAUAUGUCUCUCCCGGUACUUCCCCCACAACCUCAACUCCCCACACUGCACCCAGUCACACCCACCAUCGCCCCCUACCCCCGGUCCGACAGUGCGAGAAAGCGACCCUUCGAGUCGAUACCCGAUAUCUCGGACAAUUGGACUGCUCCCUUUCGGGACGGUCUCCCCACGCCUCCGAGCGAAAUGAACGGAGUUGCUACCUACAACGUCAUCCCCUCGUCCGCCUACGGAUCGAAGCUCGAUGGAAUCACAUUGCCGCCGUACGCCAAGGUCUCCGACUAUCCGCGCAUGAACUUCGAUGGAGCGACUGCCAUGGUCCCGACGUCAAAGCCACAAUACCAGCCUCCGGUCAAGGAGAACAACCCCCGCGAGCCGGAGAGUCAGAAGAAAAGCAGUACCAAUUCCACGGCCUCAUAUCUGCAGAUCCCCUCGACGAUCAACAACAGCAAGGGGAGUCUAGCCGAGUUUGCUGCGCAGAUGACCUGUCUCUUCUGGUUCGAAAGUGCGGCCAAGUUGAAGGCUGUGGAGGAGCGUUCGCCUUCGGCCGGCCCCCUCGCCCCUGAGACCAUGCCGACGGUUGGCUUUCAGAAAUGGGUGACCAACAUCCUCUCCACGACCCAGGUCAGCCAGAAUGUGGUGUUGCUCGCUCUCAUGUUCGUUUACCGCCUGAAGAAGUUCAAUCCCGGAGUCCGUGGGAAGAAGGGCAGCGAGUACAGGCUGAUGACUAUCGCACUCAUGCUGGGGAACAAGUUUCUCGAUGACAAUACAUACACCAACAAGACGUGGGCCGAGGUUUCGGGCAUCACGGUGCAGGAGAUCCACAUCAUGGAAGUCGAGUUCCUGAGCAACAUUCGCUACAACCUGUACGCGUCGAAGGAGGAAUGGCGCCAAUGGCAUGUCAAGCUGGGGCUUUUCGCGGAUUACUUCAACAACGCUCCGCGAGUGGCGGAGAAAAGCGACCGACCGGCUGUUCCUCCCGCACUCCGGGUUUCUCCCGGUCUGGCUCCCAUUUCGCGGGCUGCGCUGUGCUCGCCUUCGAAGUUGCCCUCGCCGCCUGCGGCCGAUGCUCUGCGCUCACACCACUGGCCGCUGCCGUUGAAUGGCCUGCCGUAUGCCGGCGGGGCGUGUCAAUUGCCGCCGAGUGACCUGUCGCUGGCGAGCAGCCACCAGAACCCACGCAAGCGGAGCCGCGACGAGGCGGUGGAGGAAUUGCCGUCCAAGAGAAAUACUGCCGCCAUGGUGCCGAAUCUGCCAAAUCUGCCGGUAUCUUCCGCCUUGACCAACAUUCCCGCCUUGCUGCCCGCCUUGCCGCCCGCCUUACCGCCCGUCAUGCCAUCCACAUCCACAUCCACCACCACCACCACCACUACAUCCACAGCCCCAUCGACAUCGGUGCCUUCUCUCGUCCCUGCCAUGCCGGACUCCGUCUCUCGUCUUCCCCGACCCAACUUCCCUGCUCUCAGUCUGGCUCCGACCAUGCCUCCUGCCGUCUCCUCCGUCCCCCAGUUGCCUUCGACUGGCCGCGUGAUGCCGCCGGUAUACGCUCCUCCCAACACUUGGAUCUCACAGCAGAUGCCGACCACCACGACGGUGGCCCCUGCUGUCACGGUCCCUACUGUUCCUCCACUGAGCAACGGUCUUUACACCUCCCUGCCGGACCCCAGCAGACACCACAACAGUCCGUUUGCCAUCUCGUCGGCCACCAUCUCCCCCGCCGUCUCCGCGUACUCCGUCACCCCUCAAACUCACCUGUCGCCAUCCUUCUUCCUCGCCAACCGCAACUCACCGUAUCGGCCCGUUCGCAGUGUCAACACCCUUCUGAUCCCCCCUCCGUCCACCUCCCUCCAGCAGCAGCGCAGCGUCCCCUUUGACCACAUGCACUACCAGCCCCUGGGCAAGACGGUUACCGAACGCAAGACCGGCGUACUGCCCUACCUGCACCACGAAGCAUGGCCAUCCGGACCCAUUGGGCAGCCCAUGUUCCACUCCAGCUUCAGCUUUCCCUGAAGCGGGCAAAAGUCUAUUCACCUUACCUUACUCUUUGAAUGCAGCUUUACGACC